AUGGACGCGGCCGGCCUGGACCCAACCCGUCGGUUCACCAUCCCCUGCCUCCCGCGUGGGGUCCAGGACGUUACCAGUCAAGACAAACCUGUGAAAUCCUGGAAGUCUUUAAGCAAUCUGGACACAGGCGAAACAACUCAAGACAAAGCAGAAAAGCAACAAAUGACACUCAACGUUGGGGGUAAAGUCUGGAAUAUACCCACUCAGUGUGCUUUAAAAUACCCCAAUACCCGCAUCGGCUCCUUGGCUCUUAAUAAAGACAGUACUGACAAAGUGUUCAGACUCUGUGAUGACUACUCCGUGUAUAAGGACGAAUUCUUCUUUGACCGUGACCCUGCAUUAUUUCCAUACAUCCGCCAUUUUUACACAAGCGGUGUUCUGUGGGUGUACCAAGAAAUGUGUCCAAUGAGCUUUGAGGAGGAGGUGGAAUACUGGGGUCUGAGUUUGACCGAUACGCAGCUGUGUUGUUGGUUAUUAUUUGAGGAAAAGGUCGGUGACGUCCAGGAAAGACUCAAGGUGGAGAGAGAACUUUUGGCUGAAACUCAGAUGACGUAUUCCAAUGAACAUUUUAAAGACAUGGUUUUUGGAAACACCAGACAGAUGCUGUGGAAUUUUACAGAGAAUCCUUACUCUUCCCCUUUGGCCAAGGCCUUCAGCCUCUUCUCCAAUCUGUGUGUUCUUAUUUCCAUCAUCGCAAUUGCUCUGGACACAGUUGAAGAGCUCCAGAUUCACAAAACAAAUGGUAAAACACACAUGGAGUGGGUGGAAAUAAUUACUAUUAUGUUCUUCAUGUUUGAGUACUUCCUCCGGUUAUCAACAACUCCCGAUUUGAAAGCGUUUUUAAAAGGCGGCCUGAACUUCGUAGACCUGUUGGCAAUCCUGCCUUUUCUCGUGCAGCUCAUUUUUGAGUCGGGUCUGGGAUACUUUGGCACAAAAGAGGAUUUCAAAGCCAUGGCUCAAGUUGGCAAGUUCAACCAGGUGCUGAAGGGGGUCAAACUGCUCCGUGUUUUCCGCAUCCUGAAGCUGGCUCGGCACUCCACGGGAAUGAGAGCGUUUGGGUUCACGCUGAAGCAAUGCUCAGAGGAAGUGUGCUGCAUUUUCUUGUUCAUCGGACUUGGCAUUUUCACGUUCUCCGCCCUCCUGCACUCGGUCGAGAGGGAGACUGAGGACUCUCCCAUCACCAGCAUCCCCUACGCUUGGUGGUGGGCUGCUGUCAGUAUUUCCACUGUGGGAUAUGGGGACGUCGUUCCUGUCACUGUCCUGGGACGCUUCGUGGCCUUUGGGUGCAUCUCGUUUGGGAUCAUCCUCAACGGAAUGCCCAUCUCUUUCCUGUUCAACAACUUCUCUGAUUACUACAACAAGCUGAAGGCCCAGGAAUACAACACGACGUCUGUGGAGAGGAGUUUACAACUUAAGAAACGUCUCAGGCGCAGAUGCGACUUUUGCUUUUCUCCUUCUGAACAACAUGGACCUGAAGGUGUCACUGACGAGACAUGA